ACGAAAAGGAACAAUCAUAUGAACUAUGAAUUUGCCAGGUGCAUGACACUAAGUGACCAACGCCUUAAGACGUGACCAAAUAUUUCGAUACUCACUGCCUGAAGUGGACCCGCUGCGCCAGGCACCUCCAGGGUCAGUGCCCGCCUCGAGACAUUCACCGCGCCACACGCCUUGUAGUGUACACGAGAUACAGUGCAACAGUAUACUUAGUCACACUGCAUCAGCCAACUGUUACCGUUACUGAUUCUGAAGGCCCGUCAACCCUUGCCUGGGGGUGUCGCCAUCAGGGUGUCGUGGUGGGGACGGCACAUGGCCACCCGACGCCGCUGAAGGCAGGUGUUUACAUCAAGGCGUCUUCCUAGGCCGCGCCCUUCUUCACCGACGCUGGAUCUCCCCUUAAGAGGCACUGGGGUCGUGACACAUACACAAAGAUGAUCGGUUCCCUGAGUUCCCUCCCAACCAUGCUGACGCUGGCCACGCUGCUGCCCCUGGGACGCCUCAUCCUGCAGUCCAUCAUGCAGGACUCCAGACGCGCUGACCGCCUCUUCAGCAGACCCGAGGCGUUCAAUCACAAGUACGACUUUAUAAUAGUGGGCGGGGGUUCAGCGGGGUGCGUGAUGGCGGCGAGGCUGUCAGAGGUGGCGGGAUGGCGCGUGCUGCUGCUAGAGGCCGGGGGAACGCCGCCCCCUGAGAGCUACGUGCCCGGCCUGGUGAGUCUGGGCUACUUCAGGGGCAACAACAACUGGAACUACGUCACCCAGCCACAGAAACACGGCCUCAAGAACUACAAGAACAGGCAAGCCGUGAUACCCCACGCACGGGUGCUGGGCGGCGGCUCCACCACCAACGGCAUGGUGUACGUGCGGGGCAACAGGCGCGAUUACGACCACUGGGCGGCCCUCGGCAACACUGGCUGGGACUACGACAGCGUCCUCUACUACUUCAAGAUGUCCGAAGACUACCGCGGCCACACCACCAACUACACAGACAGGUUUCACGGACGCGGGGGACCGCUGGCCGUCACGCCGGAGCCCAAGACAGGCAAGCUAUCCCGUGCUUUUCUGAACGCCGGUGUCGAGCUCGGCUACGACGUGGUGGACCCCAACGCCGCGGAGCAGUUAGGGUUCGCCAGGCCGGAGUACAACGUGUGUGACGGCAUCAGGUGCUCCACGGCCUGGGCCUACCUGCGCCCCGCCGCCACCCGCCCCAACCUACACAUCCUGCACAGCGCCUACGUCCUCAAGAUCCUGUUCAACAAGGAAAGGAGGGCGACCGGCGUGGUGUACAGGUAUAAGGGUCAGGUGCUGGUGGCGAGGGCGAGUCGAGAGGUGGUCGUGUCAGCCGGGGCACUGUCGUCUCCUAAGCUGCUGAUGUUGUCCGGCGUGGGGGCCAAACACCACCUGGAUAGUCACAAAGUGAAGGUGGUCGCUGACGUGCCUGGCGUGGGUCAGAACCUUCAGGACCACGUGGCUGUGUACGGCCUCGCCUGGACCGUCAAGCCCAACUCCCUCAGCAUGGACACGGCCUUCUCCUUCCCGGCCGUGAACCAGUACGUCCACCACAGGAAGGGCCCGUGGACGGCACCGGUCGGGGAGUAUGCCAGUGCCUGGGUGAAGGUGACCAAGGACGGAGACCCCUACUACCCCGACGUGCAGCUGUACCUUUCCCCCGCCAGCUUCAACAUUGACAGGGGGCUUUUCCUGCCUUACAUCUACAACUUCGACCAGGAGAAAUACGUGGACUACUCUCGCCCGCUGUUCGGUAGGCCAGGGUUCACCGUCAACCUUUACUUGCUGCGGCCCAAGAGUCGCGGCGGCGUCUUCCUGCGCUCCAGGGACUCCUACGAUCGGCCCAUCAUUGACCCCAACUACCUCAGCCACCCCGACGACUUGCGUGACCUCGUGAAUGGUGUCAAGUUUGCGAUGACUCUGAGCAACACAACAGUCUUCAGGAAGCACUUCAAGGCAAAGUUUUAUGAUAACGUGGUGCCAGGGUGCAGGGGUGAGGGGUUCGACACCACCCGCUACUGGCGCUGCUUCGUCCAGCACAUGGCUGGCUCCUUCUGGCACCCUGUUGGCACCUGCAAGAUGGGCCCCUACUCUGACCCUCUGGCUGUUGUAGACCCAAGGCUUAGGGUGCGUGGGGUGGAGGGCCUGCGGGUGGUGGACGCCUCCGUGAUGCCUGUCAUAGUUUCUGGCAACACUAAUGCACCCACCAUCAUGAUCGCAGAGAAGGCCGCAGAUAUGGUUAAAGAGGACUGGGGCGCCAUUGGCCAUGAAUUCUGACAGCACAACUCUCAAACAGUUUUGACGACACUACUCCCCAAAGCUUCUCAGUGGAAUUAAUAAAUGUCUCAUGUAAUAAUAAACAUGGGAGGAUGGUAAGGAAUACAGGUAUUGUAACUAAUUAGGCAGAGUUCUUAUGUGUUCAAAGGUUGCAGCACUGUGCAGAGCAAAGCAAAAAGUUGUUGGAGACUAGCUGCACCUCCACCUCCAUACACACUGUUUAUCAUAGCCAAGUUCUACCUCAUUUUCAAAAGGUGGCCUCAUUAGUACACCAUCUUUUUGACAAUUCUUUUUUCAUAUAUGUUUGAUCUUUUAAUGUAGUGGAACUAAAGGGGAGGGGGUAUUGUGGAGUGGUUGAAAUAGUGAAACAUGUACGCUUGAGAUCACUUGGAUAUAUGAUAAGAAUGAAUAAGGAUGACUUUGUGAAGAUAUUAUGAGGACAGGAUUGAGAGAGGGUUUCAGAGGGAGGCCACCAUUGAAAAGAAUAUUAGUGAGAGUUGGCAGGCAAGGGAUUGAAUAUGCUGAGAGGGGGUGCCAUAACAGGAAAAAUGAAGAUGCUUUUGCCAUUGCCAACCCCUCAAGAGAAGAGAGGGAAACUUAUUUGGUCAUCGGGCAGAGGAAAAUUGACAGAGAAGAGCAAGGAGAAAGAAGAAAUGAAGUGUGGUGCUGAGACAAAGCCUGAUGGGUGAGCCUCCCAUAACUCAUUCAUCAAGUGGGGUACCUCUUUCACCGACUGGUUAAGGAGUGGCUCUCCCGUCUCGCUGGUUGCAGGUUUGAUCCCCGACUCUGGCAAAACCUUUCCUUGUCUGGAUUGAUUUCUUGUGUUUCGUUACAUGCGGUGGUCGUGUGGAAGUAUAGAAAAAGAGUAAAUUCAGGGCGUUACAAAGGGACUUACAAAGAUGCAAUAAUGUAGAUUUUACCCACUUGCACUUGACAAUAUCUCUACACUACAAAACUAGUGUCUUAAUUCUACUCACUGAAUUCAUCUUCCUGGUCCUUAACUAACCUGCCAUAGCUAGUAGGCUAAGCAUGCACUUGGGUCCUGCAGACAAAGUGCUUGGUUACUUGAGGGUGUCACCUAUUGCUGUUUAAUUGUACCUAAGUCACCGCUGACAUCUGAAACACUGAAAUUGAAAGUCUGAGUUUUCACAAGGAUACUAUAUAGAGAGUUUGAGGCCUAUACAUGACAGUUCCUUAAAGACAGUUAUACUCAUGAUCUGCUCCCCAGCCAUCAUUAAUUUAGUCAUCUUAUUUCUUCCACCUUACUGUCUGCUUUCCUUUCACUAUUCAAAUCAGCCAUAACCAAUUUUUACAUUUUCUUUUCUUAUCAGAACAUUCUGCUUAGCUACCUCAUCUCAUCCCUGCUACCUCUAUUGUACCCAUAAUCACACACACUUAACCCUUACUAAUAUCUUUUUUUCUCUCAUCUCUCAGUUUUUCACCUCGCAAAAGACAAUGCCAUCCAAGUGACUUACAGUUACUAGUAUUGGACAGUCAUGCACAACAGCAACCUGCCCAAUUUUUUAUUAAUAUUUUUGGUGUGAAUGUAAUGAAUUAAAAACUUAAAUAUUGUUGAGUUUUUUUUAAUUACAAGUUCUUAUAUAUAUUUGUUUUCUGAUAUCUCCAUCCACUCAACUAACA